AUGACAAGCUGCCCCUGCAAGAACGUCACAUGGUCGUUGUCUUCGUUCACAGCUGCCGAAUAUGGAGAUGUACAUGCACUCAGUAAAGCCUUGGGCAAAACAACGACGAAUGGAUCACGGCAACGGCAAUCCAGUGGACUCAGCGAUGGGGGCAUUACCCCUCUUCAUUUGGCGGCCCAGCAUGGGCAUGUCGCAGCGACGUGGUUACUCCUACAGCAAGGACAUCCCGUCGAUGGAUGGAGCCCGAGUGCCUCAGAACUGAAUGCAAACGAAGAAGAAUCAAGUUUGUCGCGACAACAAUCCUCUUUGUUUUGCACACCCCUGCAUCGGGCUUCGUUUUCGGGUUCCGUGGCGACCAUGCAGCUGUUGUUGGACACCCAGCAAGCCAAUUUGCUGGCUCGAGAUGGAAGCUUUGGCGACCAAAGAACUCCACUUCAUAAAGCUGCUGCAGGAGGGCGGUACUUGGCAGUGGCGUUGCUCUUGGAUGCUUUGCGCCAAAGAAGCUUGCUGAAGGACGCCUUGACCACCUUGGAUCGCAACCAAGAAACACCCUUGCAAGUGGCCCGGGCAUGUCAACAGAUUCAAGACCAAGAACGACAAAGUGUGGCUCGUUGGGAUAUCGUGGCGGGAGGAGCCCCUGCUGACUGGGACAAAUGUGUGGCGCUGCUGGUAGAGGCAGAAAACGAAGUGGGAACAUCAUCCUCGCAACAUAUAGUUACGAAUCAACAAGAGCAAGCGAACAACAGACCAUCACUCCAGAAAUUACCUCGUCAUCAAUUUGCAACGUUCGAUUGUCUAAAUUGUGAACCAAAUGGGGAAUGUAUAACAGCUUCGUGGUCGGCAGCCUUUACCAAAGCUCUUCAGAGUUCUGUGGUUGGUUCUGGUGCUGUGGCAUCCACAUCAAGAGGAAUCCAAAAUGGCACUACACGAAUUGACCAGGGCAACCGUGACGCACCACGGAUUCAUUCAGAAGAGGACCUUGUUCCUUCGGGAUCGCCAUCUUUGGUUGCAAACAACAAUAAUUCAAAAGAUAGCAACCAGGAAAAUGAUGAUCCAAUGUCAACACCUAUUGGGACAUGCUGCGCGGCUUGCGGCAAACAAACCUUUGUGCUGUUUCCAGCGAACAAGGGCACACUGGUGUGCAAAAAGUGCAAGCCAAGACGGAGCAGAAGGGAUAGAUAA